UGUGCAGACUCUCGGAUCCCAGGGACAAGCGGCGACACGCACUUUGGACGAACACACGUGACCGGUCUGGAGCUGCUGUCCAGAGAAGGCGAGGGGCAGCAGGUCGUGGGCCGGGCCAGUCUGGACAUCUUCUCUCCGGUCAGAGAAGACUCUCAUUCGGGGGGGAACUCGCACCGUAAGACUCCUCUGAGUACGCCGCUGGCAGCUGCUGCAGCUCGCUGCUACAGCCCGCUGUCCGUCUUCCAAACCCCUUCCCCCAUCAAAGAGGAGGAACCAUUCUCUGCUGCAGCCGAGACAUGUGACUCCAGAAAGCCGGACAAGGCGAGCCGUUCCAGCCUGGAGGGGGAGGAUCCGACCACGCCCACAUUGUCACAGCAGACCAAUCACAGUCAGCUGGCCGCGCCUUUCUUCACGCCAGAUCCCGGCCUCGGGAGAGCCAAUGGCCUUCAAGCUCAGCUGAGCUACGAAUCCCAUGCGCAGGGAGCUGCACCCCCCCCCGCAGCAGGUGCAGCUCUGUCUGCGGCCGUCUCCUCCUCUCUCUCCCAGAACAUCGUGGAGGUGGUCGGGCAGGCGGGAGCGGCUCCUCUCACCUCGCUGCAGAUCCACUUCAUCCAGAACAUGAUCCACGAAACUCUGGAGGACUUCAGGGACGUCUGUCACAGAGACAUUGUGAACCUGCAGGUCGAGAUGGUGCGACAGUUUUACAUCCAGCUGAAUGAGAUCCAUGGUCUGAUCGAGAAAUACUCCGUGAACGAGUCUCUGGUGGAGGAGGUGGAGAAGCUGAGGGAGGAGAACCGGCGGCUGAAGACCAACUACUGAGCCUCGCUCGUUACUAGAGAUGGUUAUUAUGGGAUGUCGGAUGAGUUUGCAUGCUCAGAAUAAAGAUAAACUGUCAUUGCCUGUCGUCGGUCAGAGAUGUGAGUGAAGUUGUGUUUAGUAGUUGAAGAACGAACAGAAAGGAAUAUAAAAAUGUCAAACACAUAAAAAUAUCUGUUGAUCAGUCCGAGUUUAAAACUCAUUAGUUUACACUGUCAGACGGACAUUUUCUCACAUCAGCAGCUUUCUGUCGCUUCAUGUGUGCCUGUAUCAUGUUUUUGUUAAGAGUUUGUCUAAAGAAUAAAGAAUAUUCAUAUUGAAAAAAUAAAA